GUGAAAAGUAGACCGGAAGUGUCCCUUUUGCUGCUGUUGACGGAACACAGUCGUGGAAGAGCACAUAGACGGAGAGGUUGAACAUCGGAUUCUCCGCAGUGAAACAGUCAGGAUAUGUCUGUAAGGAUGGAAAUGGAUAUCACUGGAGUGUCCAGGGCACACGUCUCCAUUCUUCCUACAGCUGAGAUCAAAGCUACAUUGAAACCAGAAGCAGAGAGACCUCGCUGUGCCAGCACCCCGUGUUCGCCCAUUAGAGGGACUGUUGCAGGAUACCAGAUCCUCCACAUGGACUCAAAUUAUCUGGUAGGCUUCACCACUGGUGAGGAGCUGCUUAAACUGGCCCACAAGUGGUCAGAAGGCACUCCAGAGAAGGGCUCUGUAUCAGAGGCAGUGGCCAGCUCCAUUCAGAGCUCUGUCCCAAAGUCUGUGGACUUGGGCAUCCACCGGUCUUCACGAAUCUUUAAAGGAAAAAGUCGCUACUACCAACCCUACGACAUUCCUGCUUCCAACGGGCAGAGACGGAGGCGUAUGCCCAGCUCGAGUGACACCUUCCUCAGGUCCCUGGCCCAUGGGGAGCCUGGGAGGAGUCUGCAUGCUCCACUACCCCUGUGUCUGCUUAAAGGGAAGAGGGCCCAGUCCAAGUCUCUGGACUACCUUAAUCUGGACAAAAUAAGUACUAAAGAGUCAUCAGACACUGAGGUGUUACAGUACCAACUGCAGCAUCUCACCCUACGAGGAGAGCGCAUGUUUACCAGAAACAAGACAUGAAAGCCCUGUGGAAGGCCUUUUUUUAGGUGUCUUUCACUCUCCUGGGGAUUUAGGUGCUAUUUCCAGCUUGGUUUCUUUCUACUCAGAUUAUAAGCAGUUCUUUAAAAGACAGUCUGAUAAUCUUGUUAUAUUAUUAACUGGGGGAUUUACCUUGUACUGUACACAUAAUGUUGUGAAGAAGAAAUCCUUAAAUUACUCCCCACAUUGUGAUGAGAUUGUUGAGGUUAACAAAUGUGAAUUAUAUAAAUUUAGCAAUAACAGGUGAACCUAUUUAUUGACAGCGUUGUGUGUUUGUACUGGUCAGAGAUGCACUGAUAUAUCAGUCUACAGCUGAUAAAAGCACAUAUACUGUAUUGGCUUUAAAAUGCACCAUUGUUAUCAGUCCAGUCCUUUUUACUGCUUAUCUGUGAGGAGUUGUGUUAGUAGAAGUUUUGUCAGAUUUGAUUCAGAUAAUGGCACUGCAUACAACUGUCAGAUUAGCAAGAUAAUACUUUUAUAAUGUUGCUAAUUAAUUGAUUUAUUGCUGUUUUGUUGCUGUCAUUUAAUAACACUGUGUUUGAAUCUCUUAUUUACCAUAAGAUGGGCAUGUGUGAAAUAAACAUUACUCCAUUCAAAAUUUGUUCAUUAAA